AUGUCCUCCACCGUGAACAACGGGGCGGCCAGCAUGCCGUCGCCGCCCGACGCUGCCAACGGCUUCCCGCAGCCCGGCGCCUCCUCCGGGACCUGGCCGCGGGCCGAGGAGGAGCUGCGCGCCGCGGAGCCGGGCCUGGUGAAGCGUGCGCACCGCGAGAUCCUGGACCACGAGCGCAAGCGGCGCGUAGAGCUCAAGUGCAUGGAGCUGCAGGAGAUGAUGGAGGAGCAGGGGUACUCAGAGGAGGAGACCCGGCAGAAGGUCAGGACUUUCCGGCAGAUGCUGAUGGAGAAGGAAGGAAUGCUCACCAGGGAGGACCGGCCUGGGGGCCACAUCGUGGUGGAGACCCCGCGGCUGACCGAGGGCGCCGAGCCGGGCCUGGAGUACGCGCCCUUGGACGAGGACGACGGCCCGGUGGACUGCGACUGCCCGGCCGCCUGCUACCGCGGGCACCGGGGGUACAGGACCAAGCACUGGUCCAGCAGCUCGGUGUCGCCGCCUCCAAAGAAGAAGAAGAAAAAGAAAGGCGGCCACCGGAGAAGCCGCAAAAAGAGGAGACUAGACUCAGAGUGCAGCUGUGGGAGCGCCUCACCUCUGCGCAAGAAGAAGAAAAGCGUGAGGAAGCACCGCAGAGACAGGUCUGAUUCUGGGUCCCGGAGGAAGAGACGGCACAGAUCUCGAAGCCCUAAGAGCAAAAGAAAAGAGAAGAACAAAGAGAGGAAGAGGCCACACGCGGAGUCGCCAGGCCGCAGGUCCCAUCGCCACAGCAGCGGCAGCUCCCACAGCCCCUCACUCUCCUCCCACUACAGUGAUUCCAGAUCACCCAGCAGGCUGAGCCCCAAGCACCGAGACGACGGGCGGAAGACGGGCAGCCAGCGGUCCAGUGGGAGCCGGUCGCCUUCCCCGUCGGGCGGCAGCGGAUGGGGGUCGCCCCAGCAGAACGGCGGCGGCGGCAGGCAGCGGAGCGGAGCGCACGGCGGCCGCCCCGGCUCGGCGCACAGCCCGCCCCAUAAGCCCAGUUCGCCCUCGCCCAGGGCCCGCGACCAGGCGGAGGCGGGCGCAGCCACGCCGCCCGCGCGGGGCAAGGAGAGCCCGAGCCCGCGCUCGGCGCCGUCGUCGCAGGGCAGAGGAGGCCGCGCGGCGGGCGGGCCGGCCAGGCGGCGGCGGCGGCGGAGGCGGCGGCGGCGCUCGCGGUCCUCUGCGUCCGCGCCCCGCCGCAGGGGCCGCCGGCGCGCCCGGCCCGCACCGCCCAGGGGUUCGUCGCGCUCGCUCAGCAGGGCCCGCUCCAGCAGCGACUCGGGCGGCGGCGGCGGCGCCCCCGGGCCCGGGCCCGAGCCCGGCUCCGAGCGAGGCCACGGCGGGCACGCGAAACGGCCCAAGGAGAGGCCCCCGCGCGCCCGGCCGGCCAGCAACUCCCCGUCCCCGGGCGCGCACGGCCGGCACGGCGGCCCUGAGGAGAAGAGCUCGUCGCGCAGCCCGGGCCCGCACCCCCGCUCGUGGAGCUCCAGCCGCUCGCCCUCCAAGUCCCGCUCGCGCUCCGCGGAGAAGAGGGCCCGCAGCCCCAGCCGCUCGCCGUCGCCCAAGAAACCGCCGGGCCGGGACAAGGACGGCGAGGGCCGCGCGAGGCACGCCGAGGCCGAGGCCGCCCGCGCCCGGCGCCGCUCCCGCAGCUACUCGCCCAUCCGCAAGCGGCGCCGGGACUCGCCCAGCUUCAUGGAGCCGCGGCGCAUCACCAGUGCCCGGAAGCGUCCCAUCCCCUACUACCGGCCCAGCCCCUCAUCCUCCUCCAGCUGCCUGAGCAGCGACUACUCAAGCCGCAGCCCCAGCCGCAGCCCCAGCCCCGGCCACAGCCACAGCCACGGAAGCUACAGCAGCCGCAGUCGUGGGACCCGCAGCCGCACUCGCAGCCCCUCCCGGACCCCCAGUCCCAGCUACCACAGCCGGAGCAGCUCAGAGAGUGGGGGCUUCUGAGCCCAGACACACACAGCUUGGUGCCCCCUGGCACAUGGAGAGGCGAGGAGUCAGGCCCCAGGACCGAGAGGGGCCUGCUCCCCACUGCUACAAAGAGGUCCCAGGGCCAGGGAAGACCUUGA